AUGUCCCAUGAAGACGCUUUCCCUGCUGACGAAGGCUGAAAUGCGGCAUAGGGACGCCGCCCGCCUCGCUCUUCGGUACUUUCUAAGCAUUUACAAUCAAGAGCACCUAUUGCGCCUGCUCUCUCUCUCUAUCGCUCGAUCGAUCGCUCGCUUCUCUCCGCGUGUAAUGAGUCCCUCCAUGUUGCUUAUGUAAGCUUGUGUGAUGAAGCUUGGAUUACAGCGCUGAUGGCUGAACGUGAUAAGUCGCAACUCUAGGCUGUAUGACACUACACUCAUACGGACGCAGUGUUCUGAGCCUCAGGACUACGUGCUCGUUACGUUGCCUCUCUCCACAGCAGCGAGUUCCUAAGUCAAUCGAGGGACUUCCCCUGCGAGCGUUUUAUAGCUCCUUAGUCGUAAUCUGCCAGAGUGGAGGGAAGAAGCAAUCACGCCAGCUUUUCCAUAGUUCCCUGGUCUCAUCGAGGGAGUGCCGCCACCCCGCGUCGUGCCGCUUAUAGUAGUUUCUUCUUACUAGUCGUAAUCUGCCAGAGUGGAUGGUGGGAAUAAUCAGAAUCGUGGGCUUGCGGGUAUAAGAUAGGCGCAGUAUGACGGCUCCAUUGACAUGAAUCGAGUGAUGGUUUCAACUGUUUGACGACGGACGAGGGAUUCCUUGUGUACCCACUGAAGACGCGGUGACAAGGACGCUCUGCUAGGUGAUUCUGACUCUCGCUGUCAAUCGUUGAAGUUAGGCAGGGAGGGGGUUUUCGACUGCAGAAGAGCGGGGGGGGAGGGGGGCAAUUUGUAGUGGUCUGGCUUUUGCAUGACAGUUGUCGAUUGGAGCCUGCGGGGGAUGGGAGUGCCGUGAGCUACGACUGGUGGCUUAGAGAGGCGUUCGGCAGCGUGCUGGCGGCAUUCCAUCCGCCUUCGUAAGGCUUCGUAAGGCUUCGUAGGAAUCGUUCGCCUUGAAGUCUUCGUGAAUUUGUGGAUCAAGCCUUUCUUCUGCUGCGUGGGCGCCGGGAGGAGAAAGGCUUGAUCCUGUGCUGUGGGACGGACGCUCUCUUCAUUUGCCUGAGAGUUUCUUGCCGCCUUAAAGUUUGCUCGCGCGUGGAGAAGUAUCAGUGAUCGGUUGCCGUUCGAAGCCGUCAAGAUGGCCCUGCUGGAGCCAGCCACGACUCCUCCGCAAAAUGGUCACUAUCACGACUCGGCAGGAAUCUGUUUCGACGGCAGCCAUCUGAGGAUCGAAGACAUCGUCGCCAUCUCUCGGCGUUCCAUGCCGGUACGGCUGUCGGAYGAUCCGRAGUUCUGCAGCCRUAUCUCUCUGGGAGCCAAUUUUCUGGAUCGCCUUCUGCGUGAGGAGAAGGCGAUCUAUGGCGUGACUACCGGUUAUGGGGACUCCUGCACCGUGAGCAUUCCUGCAGAUCUGGUCGAAGAACUGCCGCACCGGCUAUACACCUUCCAUGGCUGCGGUGCAGGUCGAAUGCUCACUGCCGCGGAGACGCGAGCGGUACUCGCCGUCCGACUUGCCUCGCUGGCAAGAGGGGUGUCCGGGGUCAGCCUAGACCUCUUGCGGCAGCUCGAAUUACUCCUGGUGCACGACAUUCUGCCGCUGAUUCCCGCCGAGGGCUCCGUCGGCGCGAGUGGCGACCUCACGCCGCUGUCCUACGUGGCAGCGGCGCUCUGCGGUGAGCGCAAGGUGCUUUUCCGCGGGGAGACCUGUGACGCGGCGCAGGCGCUGGAUGCCAUCGGCGCCCGACCUCUGCGGCUCCGCCCCAAGGAAGGUCUAGCAGUCCUGAACGGCACCUCCGUGAUGACGGCGCUGGCCUGCCUCGCAUGGCGGCGAGCCGACUACUUCAGCCGGCUUGCAACGCGGCUCACAGCGUGCACUGUGGUCGCCACCGCUGGCAAUCCKGGGCACUUCGACGAGGGCUUGCAUGCCGUUAAGCCUCAUCCUGGCCAGCAGCGAGCGGCGGCGCGCCUGCGAAGCGAUCUGCAAACGGACCGUGCACCAGCCAAAGAACGCCGCCUGCAGGAUCGCUAUUCCCUGCGCUGCGCCCCUCACGUAAUCGGCGUGCUCGAAGACGCGCUGCCUUGGCUCAGAAGCAUCAUUGAGAGCGAGCUCAACAGCGCUAAUGACAACCCCAUAAUUCUCGGCGACGAGGWGCGCGUUCUGCACGGCGGGCAUUUCUACGGCGGCCACAUCGCCUUCGCGAUGGACACACUGAAGAUCGCGGUGGCCAACGUGGCCGACCUGCUGGACCGCCAGCUGGCACUGCUGGUCGAUCCGCGUUUUAACCACGGGCUGCCCUCAAAUCUGUCGGGCACAGUCGGCCACCGCGCGGCCAUUAACCAUGGGCUGAAGGCACUGCAGAUCAGCGUGUCGGCAUGGACGGCGGAAGCGUUGAAGCUCACCAUGCCUGCUUCCGUCUUUUCGCGGUCCACGGAGUGCCACAAUCAGGACAAGGUGAGCAUGGGCACCAUCGCAGCCCGCGAUUGCCUCCGUGUUCUCGAGCUGACCGAACAGGUCACUGCGGCAAUGCUGAUUGCGGCGCGGCAGGGCGUGACCUUGCGAGGGCAGGUUGAUGGCAGCUUGUCCUUGUCGCCGGUGCUGGAUUCCUUCAUCGCCGAUCUCGGUCAACGCAUCAAGCUGGUCGUGGAAGACCGUGCCCUCGACGAGGACCUGCAGGACCUUCUUGCCGCCCUGCGGAAGGAGUCGUGGCAGCUUUAUUCAUGAUUAAUUUGACUUUAUGAGCUGCGGCGAGAUGCGGCCUGUGAACCGCCGUUCUCCGAUCGUAAGGCCCUUCCGACAAGGAGUACAGCACCAGUGCAGCCUUGCCCUGAUGCCGCCGGUUGGCCAUGUCAUGAAAUCGAUGUUGCUUGCCUCGGGGGUGAGGGAGGUACGCAGGCCUUGUGAGAACUACGUGUAAUUUAAAAAAUUGAGAUAAUUGGCUUUUUUUUUUUUUUUUUUUUUUUUUUUUUUUUUUUUUUUUUUUUUUUUUUUUUUUUUUCCGAGUCCGAUGAACCACGGAUCGGAUGUAAUUGACAGGUCCUGAUACUUGUCCAAUCUGAGGCAGGAGGCAAUUGAAAACAAUAGAUAAUUGCGUUCAAUCUCGUGCGUCGUUUGAUACGAGUUCUCUCUUUAAAUCAUGUAGUACUAGGAUGUUGACUCGGGAACCAUGUAUGCGACUUGGGUUGCGUUGAUCUCCGAAUCUAUUGAUGGUUUGCAUGUUGGUUGCGCGGCUGAGUUGAAGAGGACGGGCAUCGGCUUUGGUCAUGACUACAGUAGUAGCCGAAUCCGAUGUACGUUUGUUAUUCGUUGCUCGGUAAUAGCGGGAAUCGGAGCCAGGAAGAGCCAAGGAAUUGAUAGAGGAUCUUGCGAGGAAUGGUUUUUUUUUUUUUUUUUUUUUUUUUUGGAGAAGUUGUCACUUUAUAUUCGGAAAACAGUGGCUGAGGCCGGGGACCUCACAAUUCAACCCGGAGUCACCAAGAACCUUGCUGGAAACCGGGUCCAGCGUCCCAGGACCCCUCUACUCUCAACAAAAUAAAACGAUGUAA